AUGGAACAAGAAUAUUUAAGACCUUUUUAUCAAUUGCUCUCAAAUAAUCAAUUACAAUCUGCUCUCACAGCAUGGCUUCCAGAGAAACUUCAAGAUUACCUUCCUGGAAUAAUGGCUGUCGAUAUGUUCAUUACUUCAUUUGUUGCCGCAGCUAUUUCUACCAUAUUAUAUGGAUUAUCCAAAUCAAUUUUGUCAAUUUUCUCCUCUGGUAUAUCGUUUCAGAAAGGAAUUAUAACUAUGCAAAUUGAGUAUUACGUUGAAAGUGUUUUUGGUGAAGAGAAAAAUAGACUUUAUGAAGCUUUGGCAUGGUUAAUUUCUCAACAAACUCAAGACCUUCGUAAAGGAGGGUUCCUCGUGCAACCAACCAAUGCACUCAAAUCGUAUGAAGAAAUUGAGGAUGUUUGUUGUCCUCCUGGAUUUAACGUAUUACCCGAGAAAAAUCAAAAAAUUGAAAUCACCUAUAACAAACGAGUUUUUAAUGUUGACCUUAGAAUACCACCAGAUUCUGAACAAACGAUUCAUAACAAUGAACGAACUAAUUCCAACAAUGGUCUUUUUGGUUUUGAACGAGUAAAUAGAGGAAACAAAAAUCAAAAAUUGAAACCUUCAAUUUAUUUAUCAACCGUUAGAAAUUCUAGUGAUAGUGUUAGAGCUAUGUCCGAAUUUAUAAAUGAAGUUACGAGAGCUUUUCUGGAAAAACAACUCGAAUUAAAGAAAAGAUCAAGAUGGGAAUAUAAUGAAUGUUGGGAAUAUGUACAAGCUUUACCCACAAAUCGAGGGUUAGAUACUGUAGCAUUAAAUGAAGAAUAUGAGGAAUUAUUAAAAAAAGAAUUAAAUGCAUUUGUAAAGAAUAAAGAUUUUUACGCAAGAAUUGGGAUUCCUUAUCGACGUGGAAUUUUACUUCAUGGAAAACCUGGAACCGGAAAAACGAGUUUAAUAAAUGCCAUAUCUUCCGAACUUAAUCGAGAUCUAUAUUUCGUUAAUUUAAAAAAUGUUAAUAGUGAUGAAGAAUUAAGUAACAUGUUUUGUCAAGUUCCUGCUAAUGAAAUUAUUGUUCUUGAAGAUAUUGAUACCCAAUCAACGGUAGUUCACAAUCGAAUUCUCUCAACAUUCUUAUCAUGUUUAGAUGGUCACAUCUUAGCUAGAGGAAAUAUAAUAAUCAUGACUACGAAUCAUCUUGAAGUCAUUGAUCCUGCUUGUGUAAGAGCUGGUCGAAUGGAUUUAAAACUAAAUUUAGGUUACGCGACUCAUUAUCAAAUUAACAAAAUGUAUCGAAGCGUUGUCGAAGAUCCCAAUGUGGAAUUUCCCAAAGACAUAAUGAAUCAAAUUCCCGAACGUUUAUUACCACCUUGUGAAGUUAUGAUGUCUAUGGUAUUAUAUCGAGAAGAGAUUGACUUGAUACCUAAGAAGAUUUUGGAAUUGGUUGAAAAAUAUAAAAACAUGAAUCCCGAAGAAAUUGAAAAAUAUAUUUCCGAUUUAAAUGGUAUUCCCCAUUAUGAUAUUUCAAAUAUCUCCACGAAAAGUUUAACAAUGGAUGAAAUGUUUGAUAAAUCUGUGCGGCAGUAUCGUACUAGUCGUACUAGUCGUACUAUGAGAGGCGCGCCAAUGAUCCCUACCCCAUUCCCCAUGAAUCGUCUUAAUAAGAAUUUAUCUAAUCGGUGGUAG